AUGGCUUCAAUCCAAUGUCUCAACCCCAAGGCAGAACUUGCCAGACAUGCAGCUGCAUUGGAGCUCAACAUUAGUGGUGCAAGGGGUUUGCAGGAGGUGAUGCGGUCGAAUCUUGGCCCUAAGGGCACUCUGAAGAUGCUCGUGUCUGGGGCAGGUGAUAUCAAGCUUACAAAGGAUGGCAACAUUCUUUUGCAUGAGAUGUCAAUUCAACAUCCAACUGCGUCGCUAAUUGCUAAAGCUUCGACAGCACAAGACGAUAUUACUGGAGAUGGGACAACCUCCAUGGUUCUUCUAAUUGGUGAAUUAUUGAAGCAAGCGGAAAUAUACGUACUUGAGGGUGUACAUCCGCGUCUCAUCACCGAGGGAUUCGAAUGGGCUAACGCUCGCACACUUCAACUGCUUGACAAAUUUAAGCAGGAGGUAACAAUCGACCGGAAUUUGCUUAUCGAAGUUGCGAGAACGUCGCUAAGAACGAAACUUCAUCACAAACUUGCUGAUCAUAUUACUGAGUGUGUUGUUGACGCUGUUUUGGCCAUUCGACAAGGCGAUGCUGAACCUGAUUUGCACAUGAUAGAAAAGAUGGAAAUGCAUCAUGAAACUGAUAUGGAUACAACUCUUGUGCGUGGACUUGUGCUUGAUCAUGGUGCUCGUCAUCCUGACAUGCCCAAGCAUGUGGAAAAUGCGUUCGUGCUAACAUGCAAUAUAUCUUUGGAGUACGAAAAGACUAAAUUCCGGUCUUUUCUACAAAACUUUCAUAACGCGAAGAGUUCUCAAGAUUAUCGAGUUAAAGAAGAAGGUUUUCCUAUUUCAGUUUUGAUCUGCAAUUUUCAGGUCUGCAACGAAGGUGACAAUAAGGGCUUCGUUGUCAUUAAUCAAAAGGGGAUUGAUCCUCCAUCGCUGGAUCUUCUUGCUGCAGAAGGGAUUCUUGCCCUUCGUCGUGCUAAGCGUCGUAACAUGGAAAGGCUACAGUUGGCAACUGGCGGGGAAGCUGUAAACUCCGUCGAUAACCUCACUCCGGAUGUUCUUGGUUACGCUGGGCUAGUGUAUGAGCAUACAUUGGGUGAAGAAAAGUAUACAUUCAUUGAAAACUGCCGCGAUCCUAAAUCAGUUACGCUUCUGAUCAAGGGGCCCAACAAACACACCAUUCAACAGAUAAAAGAUGCAUUGCAUGACGGAUUAAGGGCUGUAUUUAACACGAUUACAGAUAAGGCCGUCCUUCCUGGAGCAGGCGCUUUCGAGAUCGCAGCAUAUUGUAUGUUAAAGAAGGAAGUUGAGUCUUUGAAGGGUCGAGCUAAAUUAGGUGCUUUGGCUUACGCUAAUGCUUUGCUGGUGAUUCCAAAGACUUUGGCAAUAAACUCUGGAUAUGAUGCCCAAGAAGUUAUCGUGAAAAUGGUGGAGGAACGAGAUGCUGGAGGAGACAUCCCAGUUGGAAUCGACCUCGAGAGUGGUUUGCCUACGCAACCCAUGGGCGUCUGGGACAACGUUGUUGUGAAGAAGAAUAGUCUUUCAUCGUCGUGCGUGAUCGCCUGUAAUCUUUUGCUUGUCGAUGAGGUAAUGCGUGCCGGAAUGACUAAUCUGAAGACGACGCAGCAAGAUUGA